AUGUGCCAUGCCGCGUCCACCAAAAAACCGGAUUGCUCCAAAAGAGUCUCACGUAGCGGUGAUAUGACCAAGUUUGUCACGAUGGACGAUGCGUACAUCUACUUUACGUUACACCCACUGAAUUUUUUGAACAACCAAAUGAACUUGAUCACAAUUAUCGUGAUCAAAAUGAAGAUCUGUGUGGUUGGUGCGGGUGCGAGUGGUCUACCAGCGAUCAAAUGCGCUGUCGAAAAUGGUUUCAGUGUUGUUUGCCUCGAGAAAUCCUCCGAUAUCGGUGGUUUAUGGCGUUUCAAGAAGGAUCCAUGCCCAGGUGAAGGAACUGUCAUGAAGAGCACAACAAUCAACACAUCGAAAGAGAUGACGGCUUAUAGUGACUAUCCACCAGCCGCGGAUGCGCCGAACUAUAUGCAUAACACCGAAUUGAUGAAGUACUUUCGAUCGUAUGUUGAGCACUUUGAUCUGUUAAAGCAUAUUAGUUUCAAUACUAAGGUGACCUCAAUCAAGAGAAACGACAAAUAUGACGAUACUGGUGAAUGGGACGUUACGUAUGUUGCGAUGAAGUUAGUUUGCAAUUCGCGAUUCGUUAAUAACGAAGAGAGAACGGAAGUGUUCGGUGGGGUGUUGCUAUGCUCUGGUCAUCACGUUGAUCCUUAUUGGCCAACUCCGUUCAAAGGACAACAAAACUUCAGAGGCGAAAUAUUGCACAGUCAUGAUUAUAAAGACCCAAUUCGAUUCAACGACAAGAAAGUGGUGGUCAUUGGAAUAGGUAAUUCGGGCGGUGAUAUUGCUGUUGAGUUGAGCAGAAUCGCGAAAAAGAUAAAGUCGAAUGUUGAGAGCUUCUCAGAGAGUUCAGUGCAGUUUGACGAUGGCACAGAGGUAUGUGAUGUUGACGUGGUGAUAUUCGCCACUGGCUAUUCUUUUGGAUUUCCGGUUCUCGAACAUGGUAAACUGAUUGAAGUGGUCGAGAAUGAAGUCAGUCUAUACCUGCAUAUGUACCCAACAGAACUAGCGUCAAAGAACACAUUAGCCGUAAUCGGUUUCAUUGAACCGGUUGGCGCGUUAGCUCCAGUCUCAGAAAUGCAAUGUCGUGUGUUUUGUGGGGUACUAAGCGGUAGAACAAUACUUCCAACAGCGUUUGAUAUGCAGAAGAAUAUCGAUGAGAAAAGGAAAGCGAUGGAAAAACAAUACGUUCGUCGAAGAAGGCAUACCAUACAGGCUCCGUAUAUUGAGUAUAUGGAUGAAUUAGCAAAAUUAAUAAACGUCAAACCGAAUCUUUUUAAAUAUAUGUUCACCGAUCCGAAUUUAACCCGUGUUCUCAUCUUCCAUGGACUGGCUUCCUAUCAAUACCGCCUUGUCGGACCAAACAGUUGGUCAGGUGCACGCAAAGCACUAAUGACUAUGGAGGAACGAGUAUUUGAGGUAACAAGAACGAGGCGAACAAUGGAAACACUCAAAUCGAAACCAUGCAAUAAAUUCCUUCAGAUUAUUUAA